CAGGCAGGCGGUGGUUCGCGACGCUGCUUUUUUUUUUUUUAAGCUUCGGCGGUCGUUUUUCGGCAUCAUCAUGUUGCGGGUCUGUCAGCGCGUGGCUACCACAGCGGCUCAGAAUUGUCUUUGUAGUAAAAGUUCACUCCGUUCUUCACGGCUGUCUCGAGGAUAUGCCUCAUCUAGAGAACCUGGUGUCUCUGCAGGGAAAAUAAUUGGUGCCAGUGUUUUGUUUGUUGGUGGAGGAAUAGGUGGAACUAUUUUAUAUGCAAAUUAUGAUCCACGCUUCCGAGAAAAUGUAGAGAAGACAAUCCCCUAUUCCAGCGAUUUGUUUGAAAUAGUUUUGGGUCCUCUUCCUUCUAGUAUUUCAACACCAAAGAAACCAAUGCAGUCAGCUCCACUAAAUAUCUCUUCUAUAGCAGAAGUAAUGAAAGAAUCUAAACAAGCAGUUAUGAGAUCUCCAAAGAGCAAAACGGAUACCACUUCAACUACUACUGAAGAAAAAGAAGCAGGCUCAGAAGUCGCUCACAUAAUCUCAGCAACAGGUGAAGCAUUGUCAGUACCAGCUCCAGGAAUGCAGCAGGAGGAGGAAUGCAACAAAAGUCACGUUCAGCAAAAACCUCCUGACUUAGGUAAAGGACAUCGACAUGGUGAUGCUGUUGUAAAAGAAAGGCCACCUGAAGAGGUUGCAGCUCGUCUAGCACAACAAGAAAAAGAAGAACAAGAUAAAAUUAAGGCCCUUGCAGCAUCUUUGGAAAGCGCUUUGAAUAGCACUGCUCGUAUCACUUUGCAAGCAGUUACUCUCCAAGAAGCUGCUGUCCAGGCAGUCAAUCUUCAUGCUCAAAAACUGAAAGAAGCUAUGGAUAACUCUGAGGUUCCAAGUGAGAAAAAGGCAGUUCAGUGGCGAACUUUAGAGGAAGCAUUGAAGGAUCGUAGAAAAGCUGUGGAUGAAGCUGCCGACAUUCUAUUAAAGGCCAAAGAAGAAAUAGAAAAAAUGAAAGGUGUGAUUGAUAAUGCUAAGAAAUCUCGUAUAUCUGGAGUCAAACCUCACAUACAGGGCAUAGAAGAGAACCUUCAUCGUAUGAUCACUGACUUGGACAAUGUAGUCAAAAAGCUGACCGGCUGACAACAGAUGACUUGAAUUCUCUCAUUGCUCAUGCUCACCGCCGUAUAGACCAGCUAAAUAAGGAGCUGGUAGAUAUGAAAGUCCGAGAGCAAGAACAUAUUAAGACAGCUCUGGAAAAACAAAAACUGGAAGAGAAAAAAGCUUUUGAGUCAGCAGUAGCAAAGGCAUUGGAACGUCAUAAGAAUGAAAUCCAAAUUGAACAGGAGAAGAAGAUUGAAGAAGCUCAAGCAGUUAUGGAAAGUGAAAUGCGAACUCAGUUACGCCGACAAGCUGCCGCACAUGCUGAUCACCUAAGAGAUGUUAUCAGAAUUCAAGAACUAGAACUGAAGCAACAAUUUGACCAGAAUUUAUCUGAAAAACUCACUGAACAAGAACUUCAACAUAAACAUCUUCAUCAGGAACAGAUUGACAACUUCACUCUGGAUAUCAAUACAGCCUAUGCCAGGCUGAGGGGAAUCGAACAGGCAGUUGAAAGCCAUGUGGUUGCUGCAGAAGAAGCCAGGAAAGCCCACCAGUUGUGGCUUUCAGUUGAAGCUUUAAAGCAAAGCAUGGAAACUGCUGCUGGGGAUAGUCCCACAGAACCUUUGGAGGAUGCAGUACAGUCCAUCCAACUCAGCUGUCCUAAUGAUGAAUUUACCCGGGCCUUAACAGCUGCCCUUCCUCAAGAAUCACUCAGUCGUGGGGUAUACACGCAAGAGGCACUAAGGGCACGCUUCCACACAGUCCAGAAGCUGGCUAAAAGAGUUGCAUUGAUAGAUGAAACAAGAAACAGCUUGUAUCAAUAUUUUCUGUCUUAUCUGCAGUCCCUUCUCUUGUUUUAUCCUAAGCAGCUGAAGCCACCGACUGAGCUUGGCCCUGAAGACCUGGACACGUAUAAAUUGUUUUCUUAUGCUUCCUACUGCAUUGAACAUGGAGACUUAGAAUUAGCAGCUAAAUUCAUCAAUCAGCUGAAAGGAGAACCCAGAAGGGUGGCACAGGACUGGCUGAAUGAAGCUCGGAUGACCUUGGAAACAAAACAAGUGGUGGAUAUCCUGACUACUUAUGCUAGUGCUGUGGGCUUGGGAACAACUCAGGUGGACUAAUAUAAGCCAGCUAUGCAGGACUCCUAUAUCUUUAACAUUAGUCAACCAACAUACAAGAUUUGCAACAGUACUGGGAAUUGGUGUGAGACCUAAAUUGGUUCCAAACCAUGCAAGCAACUCAAGUGUCAUUGUGGGGAAAAAAGUUCCAUCUCCUAGUACUCUUAUAAAUCUUAGAACCUGUUGCAUUUGCAUUUUUUCCUUCAGCCAUUUAUCAUGUCUGGACUGUGUUUUUGUUUUUGUUUUAAUCUACAUAACACAGUUUCCAGGUAUUACUGAUUGAGCUUGUGAACCCACCAAAAUAAUGUUUAUAACCUCUUACUGAUUUGCCAUUUGGCUCAAUUAAAUAAAUGAUAUUUAAACAAUUUAUUUUUCACUGCUGCUUGGAUAGAUUAAAAAAAACACAAUCAGAUAGUGUCAGAAGCAGAUGAAAAAUGCAUAAAAUUAUGUGGAAACAAUCUGCCAGUUUCCCUUUUAUCUGUUUCCAAAGUGUAAAUAUCUCCUAUUUGGUAUUGACAGAUUUUCAAUUUUCAGUGUGCUUUUAGCAAUGGAACAUUUACACAUUUUCUUUAUGAUUUUGAUACAAUAAUUUCUCCCAAGCAAAUUCUGCAUAAGCCCUGAAAACUAUUUAUCUGAGCAUUAAAGGCAACACCACUUUUAUUUUCCUCCAA